AACAUUACAACCACAAAAAGUCCCACCUGGCGUCAAGCUUGCAGAUAGCCCGCCAUGUCUGCUCAAGCCGAUCAACAGGGUGUAACGGAUACGAUGCAGCAAUCCGAUAAUGCCACCUCUGCUGAAAAGACAUCUGAAGAACCAAAGACUUAUCGCCAAAUCGCCGCUGAACAUAUCGAUACCCUCAAUGAAAUCAACCAUCAAAUCCCCAAACUGCUCAAAUACUUCGCAACUGCCCUGUCCCAGUUGACCAACGACCCAAUUCCCUUUCAGCAUGACGCUAUGCAAUGCGAACCCGGAACCCUAGAAGCGCGCAAAGAAGCCUUCCGCAUCAAUGCCCUCUUCUGUGGCACAUCAUGUGAGAUUAUCAGGCAAGAGUUGGUGAAGCAGAUCAACGCUCUCGAAAGGUACAAGGUCAUACCGAAAAGUCACCCCAAGUUUGCCGUCACUCAAAGCCAAGCGCGCAAAGGGAAGGAGGAAGAAAGCGAGGUUGUAGAUCCGGAGAAGGAUGUCAAGAACGGUGGAUAUGGCGACUUUGAUGUGGGCGUGCUGAACGCAAGGGCAAGCUCUGGCCAGGUUGGUGCUGAGGAUGUACUAGACCGAGCUAGGGCAAUAUUACAAGAGUUGCAAAAGCGGACUGGAGGAGCGACCAGUGCCGACGACAUGGUUAUCGACGAGUGAGAAUAUCGAGAACAUGUCUGAGAGACUUCUUCUCAGAAAAGAUCAUAACAGUACAUGUCUCGCGACUAGGAGCCGCCCAGGCUUAAUGUCCCGAACGUCGAAACCCAAACGUUCGUAACUGUUGCAAUUCACGAAGGAACGCGGCAAAACUAAACAAACGUAUGACCUCCGAACGCGGAUGAUGCGUGGAAGAAGAGCGGUCUCAUUCACGGCACCAAAUCCGGUCUAGACUCAGAGGAGCUCCCUGCCCAGCUCCAUAUCCAAUGUCAUACCGCACCUUGAAUCCGCAUUCUCUCUCAGGUAGCACAUAGCAAACUUGAAUCCCCUUACAUUGAA